AAUGUGUUUGAUUGGCAAGCCGAAAGCUUCCGUCACAGCACGAAGAUGAAAACCACAUCACCCUUCUUACCGAGAUUCUGCGGCUUCUAACGAAGGAUUCUAUUGGAUGACUGGUUAUUCAGCGCGUGAAAUUUGGUCGCGUGCAAUCCAUCGUCAGCAGUUGAAUUGAAAUUCAUCACCGCUGGAUGUAAAUGAAGAAAAUCUAGUAAAAUAAACGAAGGAAACUGUCAAUAUUUAAUGACCAGAAACUAAGCAGGCAGAUUAGACACGAUACAACGGUAAAUAAUUACGAUACGGAAAUAAUGAUGGAACUAAAGAUGAUGUAGUGUGUCGGGCUCACCAUUAGCAGGAAUUUACCGUGAACAAGCAGAUAUUUCUUUUACGUCAUUCUGCAGAAUUCAGUGGCAGCAAGUACUGGAAGCCAAUGAUUCUUUAGCCACAAUAUGUCUACAAAUGACCACAGGAACUCUCAGCAACAAUAUGUAACUAAAAUUCGGAUUAAGUAACCAUGGCAAAGUGUUUUUGUGUAUUUGAAAGGGAAUUAAUUCACGUGCUCUUCUUAACUGUUAUAAUUUCAGUGACUUCCGCUACCCACAAACGGCAGGUAGCACCUUCUUUCCUUGACACAGGCCGCCGUAACAUCACCGUGCCGAGGGGAGGACUAGCGAAACUCAGAUGUAAAAUUAGAAACCUAGGACCGAAAGAGGUAGCGUGGAGAAAGCUCUCAAUGGACUACCCUUUGACCGUGGGCACGUUCGUUUUUGAGAAGGACGAACACAUCAGCGUGGAUCACAAGGCCAUUUCUGACAAUAUAGCGGAAUGGAACCUGAUUAUCAAGAGGGCAGAACCCCGUCACUCCGGGACGUACGAAUGUCAAAUCAGCGCUACGAGAGUCCUUACGUACCACGUACAUUUACACGUACUCGAUUUCCCUGCAGUUGAAUCAACAAUUGAGUUGGAUGGUACGCAGUAUGUAAACUUAUAUGACCCUAUAACCCUGACUUGUAAUGUAACGUUCGGAAAGGAUGCCAUAUCAAGUGCGCAAGUGGACUGGUUCCAUAAUGGACAAAUCAUCAAAUCGGGCGAUGCCCAGUGGUUAAACCGACUUCGAAUCACUCAGUACAUAACGUCUGACGGUCGGACCAUUGUUAGUCUGCUCCAUAUAUCCCACAGUUCUCAGAGAGACGACGGACGCUACGUGUGCCGGACGAUUAACUACAUGAAUGACCGACAGGAGACGGACAGCAUGGACGUCAUCGUCCUCAAUACAAACAAAGAUCACAUAAAAAGAACUGGCGAUAAAGCUGGCAUUCAUGAAAGUGGAGGAGCGGAAGUGGCGGGGCAGUCUGGGAAAAAUGUGUCCGGUCAGGUGACAGCUUCCAUAAUUGUGAACAUAGUGCUUUUCUUAAUUGUGAUUUUAAGGUGAAAGCAUAGACACCUGAAAAUAUAAUGUUUGUGGAGUGUAUGGAAAGACCAGUCACUUAAAGUUUUUGAUGAGCAAGGACCACCCUUCUACAUGUAUGAGUAUCAGUGUUAAUCCGAGUAUCGCUCAAGGAUACUUUUGACAGCACGGAGCACCGGUCAGAGAUUAUAUUCGUUAGAAUACCUGACCCUCAGAAAGCAGUGAGCAAAUUUGUAUUGGGCGGAUUCAGUUAAUUUUCACAUAUCGUUUACUUACGUGAAAACUUUGUCCGUCCAUCGUGCAAAUCUUUUACGAUAUAUAUGAGAACUUGCUUUGAGAGAGAGAGAGAGAGAGAUAGCGAGAGAGAGAAAAACUAUUUUUUUAAGAUUGUGCAUACAUGUCCAUUGUUUUGUGAUGUGACUUGCUUGUUUACAUGGUUUUGCUGAAGGUUUUUGUUUUGCCAAGAUAUGGACAUUUUACCUUUAACAGAAAGAUUACUUAUUUUUUACUCAGCGUUAUGAAACUAAAACUACGUGUAUUUAACAUAAGUACUUAGACAAUUUUUGUUUUCUUUUGUACUUUAUCAGCUUAAAAUUUCAGCAUGAUCAAGAUAUGUUCUAAUUUCGUAUAUAGGGCGUUCAUCAUCAGUUACAUUCAUGAUGUCGUAGUUGUUGAUUUCAGAUGUAAAAUUUUUUUUCACCAAAAAGUGAUUAUUUGUUAGAUUUGUUGUUCAUCUUUAUUAGAUGGUGUACUUUUUAUCUUAUUUCUUAUAUGAUUUUUGUGAAGAAUGUUAAAAAAAUAAUUAAAUUGAUUUAAAUUUA